AAUAUCAAACAAAAUGCUAAUAUCAUAGUGAUGAGAAAGUGGUUGAGAUCUAGCUUUUAGUUUGGAUUCUACAGAGUCAUCAAAUGAACAGAAAAAGGGUAAUACCUAUGAUCAUAAAAAGAUUUUUUCUUAACUUGUAGGAAAGUAAUGGUUAACUUUCUUAGAUUGAAGCAGUUAAUAAGCACAAAUUGCUCUCCUUUUCUAAUAUUCUAAUAACACUUCACUACCACAUAACACAUGAACCGUGUGUUAAUGCCUUUAUAAGAAGCCAAAAAAGUGUGAUCAACAAAAACUUCCCAACAAUAUUCUAGUUUUGUUGAUCAUAAUAAUAAUUUAUAUGACAGACAUGUAUGAAAAUCAAGCAUCUCCUGAUGUCUCAAAUUAUGCAUCAAGUAGUGGAAUCUCUUCUGGGGAUGAUAAUAAAGGGAUUGGUUAUAGAGCUGCAAAAUCAAAGCAUUUAUAUCUUUUGGGUAGCAAUUCUUGGUUUCAAUCCUUUCCCUUCAAAAUUGAUCUCAAUUUUGUUCGUAUGGUGAUGGCAGAGGUGAUUGGAACAUUUAUUUUGAUGUUCUGUGUAAGUGGAAUAAUAGCAAGCACAAAAUUCCAAAGUGGCGAAGUGGGGCUUCUAGAGUAUGCAGCCACAGCAGGAUUAACAGUGGUUGUAAUCAUCUUCUCCAUAGGACCAAUUUCUUGUGCACAUGUCAACCCAGCCGUCACAAUUGCCUUUGCCACAAUUGGUCAUGUUCCAUGGUACAAGGUUCCAAUUUACAUAAUAGCACAGAUAGCAGGUUCUAUAUUUGCCACAUUCAUAGGUAGCCUUGUUUAUGGCAUAAAAUCAGAGGUUAUGAUCACAAGGCCAAUCCAAGGUUGCAACUCUGCAUUCUGGGUUGAACUCAUUGCAACUUUCAUCAUCAUGUUCCUUGUUGCAGCUUUGACAUCUGAGUAUGAAUCAGUUGGGCAAUUAUCUGGCUUUGUUGCUGGAAUUGCAAUUGGUCUUGCUGUACUAAUCACAGGGCCUGUGUCAGGUGGAUCAAUGAACCCUGCAAGAUCAUUAGGACCAGCAAUUGUUUCAUGGAAAUUCAAGGACAUUUGGAUAUACAUGAUAGCCCCAAGUGGUGGAGCCAUAGCAGGAGCUCAAACCCUUCGUUUUCUUCGCCUUAAUAAGGACCAACCUUGCAACACCGAUGUUGGUCACCCCAUACCCUAUUGUUCAAGGAGAAAUGGAAAUGGACCCAUGAUUUUGGUGGUAGAGAAAAAUUGGAGCUUGUUAUCUGAAAGAGUAGAAGGGUUCAGACAAAGAUAUGUCUUAGGAAAAAAAGGGAAUACCAGAUGAUCAUGUGGAUCCCAAUGUUUAAUUACUAGUUUAUUUUUCUAAUUACUAUUUUAUUAUCAUAGUUUGCCGUUGAAACAUGUUAACAUUGAUUUUCGAGUAUGUAAGUAUAUCAAAUAAUUUUAAUGAAAUUUUACGGAGACAAUUU